AUGCUUACUGCUUCGCUUUACAAACAAUUACCGGUGUUAACCACCACAGCUACUUCAACAUAUUCUUUCAUUAGAUUAUCAUCUACUUUAGCAACACCACCACACUCGACGACAACAACUUCUCCCUCAUCUCCAGCUUUCCAUCAACCAAAUCAUCCUCAACAAUUUGCCAAUCCAAACACUUCAGUAUUUGACGUAUCAACAAGAAUUUAUACUCAAGAAGGUAUAGACAAUAAUAACGACACAAAAUUCCUUACUAAAGCACCUUAUCCACAUCCAGUGUUUCCUCAAGAUGAAUGUGAGAAUGUGAUAGUUACCCAUAGAGAAACAAAAACUUUAGGUGACAAAAUUUCCUUCCGUAGUAUUCAAUUCAUGCGUCAAUGCUUUGAUCUUGUCACAGGAUAUGCAGUUCCAAAAACAAAUAACCCUGAUGAAUUCAAAGGUACUCGUUGGGAAAUGACUGAAGGGAAAUGGUUAACUCGUUGUAUAUUUUUAGAAUCAGUUGCUGGUGUGCCUGGUUCCGUUGCAGGAUUCCUUCGUCAUUUGCAUUCAUUAAGAAUGUUGAGAAGAGAUAAAGCUUGGAUUGAAACUUUGCUUGAUGAAGCCUACAAUGAAAGAAUGCACUUGUUGACAUUUAUAAAGAUUGGUAAACCAAGUUGGUUCACAAGAUCAAUCAUUUAUGUUGGUCAAGGGGUUUUCACUAAUGUGUUUUUCUUAUUAUAUUUGUUGAAUCCUAGAUAUUGUCAUAGAUUCGUUGGUUAUUUAGAAGAAGAAGCCGUCAGAACAUAUAGUCAUUUAUUAGAUGAACUUGCUGUUCCUGGGAAAUUACCAGCUUUUGAAACCAUGAAAAUCCCUGAAGUGGCAGUUCAAUAUUGGCCAGAAUUAACUCCAAAAUCAAGUUUUAAAGAUUUGAUUUUAAGAAUUAGAGCUGAUGAAGCUAAACAUAGAGAAGUCAAUCAUACUUUUGCUAAUUUGGAACAAAAAACUGAUCGUAAUCCAUUUGCUUUGAAAAUUGAAGGUUUAAAUAAACCUCAACCUAAUCAUGGAAUAAAUGUGAUGAGACCAACUGGUUGGGAAAAACAAGAUUUACAAUUAUAA